AUGGUUGAUGAAAAUCUGGAUCGGCUAUUUGUUUUACCCUUAUAUUAUCCGAGGGAAUUUUUGGUUGAUCUGAUCGGAAGGCCAGGAGAAUUAUGCCGACCUGAUUCUUUACUUAAUGGUACAACUUCCGUUCUAGUUGCUUCUCCAUUGUGUCAUCCAAAGUUUAAAUCUGCUGAAGCUGGUGAGAACUUCAGGAUGUUGGCGAAAUUGUAUUUUGCUGAUGGCCAAUCACUUAAUAUAACAUUCGAUGAUGCUUCCUCGGGUAUUGCUACUGAUCAAGACAAUAGUGCACAUCUUCAGUUCCAUAAUCCUUAUAAAAUGAAUCAAAUUGACAGGAACAACUUUGAUCCCGUUUCAAGCAGUAUCUGUGAAUCUUCCACAUCAGCUUUGCCCCAAAGGGCUGCUUGGCCUAUUAAAGAUUUCCAGGGGCAAAAUUCUUAUAAACCUUUUCCAAAUGGUAUAAGCUCCACACACUUGGGCAAAGGCUCUGCACCCAAUCAGAUUCUACCGACACCACAUAGACCGAGUUUCGUGGAAGCAAAUCAGUUAGCAAGCUGUAAAUCAAGUCAUGAACUUUCUCUCAUCGAGGAGGAUUUUGACAUCCAAUGGAGUGAUCUUGAAUUAAAGGAGAAAAUUGGUGAAGGUUUCUGUUACUGCUUUAAGAAUAUCCUGAAGUGCGAGUAG